AUGGGAAUAAAAAUAUGGAUAACUUUAAGGGUCUUAGUUGCAACUGAAAGAAAUUCGUUAACAUUUAAGUGAAUUAAAGGAUAUGUACUAUCGUUUUUGAUAAUAGCAUCAAAAAGUUUAGAAAGUAUAAAUUUAAGAUGGGCUAAAUAAAAUAUGACUUCCUUGGCUUUUGGGGAGUGAUUCAAAUAGGAUCCAGAGAGAGUAUUUACUAUCUAAAAACCCUUUGA